AAGCAUGAGUUAGCAUUAUAGAGCCACAGGAGACAAGCACACACGCUGUUGUCCUGCUCAGACAACAGCUCUUUAAUCAUGUGGCUUUAUAAUGUUCUGUUGAGUGUUGACUUAACUGGGCUGCUCCUGUUCACUUUUCUUUUUCUGGUGGUAGCAGAUUUCAUCAAAAACAGGAAUCCACCAAAUUAUCCUCCAGGGCCACGGGGUCUCCCCAUUGUGGGGAGUUUCUUCAGUAUGGACAGUAAACAUCCACACAUUUAUUUGAGCAAGCUGGCUGAUGUCUAUGGGAACGUGUUCAGUAUUCGGGCUGGCAGGGACAAGAUCGUGGUCGUGUCUGGAUACAAGAUGAACAAAGAAGCCAUAGUGACACAAAAUGACAUUUUUAUUGAUCGAGCAUACAGUCCAAUAGCUGAUAGGUUAUACUUCGGCUCAGGUGGUCUAUUUAUGAGUAAUGGUGAAAAAUGGAAGAAACAACGACGUUUUGCCCUGACUACGUUACGCAACUUUGGCUUUGGCAAAAGCAUCCUUGAACAGAGUAUCCUUGAGGAGGCCAAAUACCUGCAGGAGGUGAUGGAAAAUGAGAAAGGUGAAGCUUUUAGCACAGCAGGCCUCUUCAACUACGCUGUGUCCAACAUCAUUUGUCAGAUGGUGAUGGGGAAACGCUUUGACUACAGCGAUCACAUCUUCCAGACCAUGCUGAAGUAUUUGGCUGAGGUUCUGGCAUUGGAGGGAUCCAUAUGGGGUAUGCUGUACGAGUCAUUUCCCAGCGUGAUGAAGCACUUGCCAGGCCCUCACAACAAAAUCUUCUCCAACUUUAACCACAUCAGAGACUUCAUCAGUGAGGAGAUUGAGACGCACAAGAAGGAUCUGGACCACAGUGAUCCUCGGGACUACAUUGAUGCUUUCCUCAUCGAAAUGGAGAAUCACAACAAGUCUGAACUGGGCUUCAAUGAGACCAAUCUGACCUUGUGCUCUCUGGAUUUGUUCCUGGCUGGAACAGAAACAACGUCCACCACUCUGCAGUGGGCUUUGGUUUACCUCAUCAAGAACCCUGACGUCCAGGAAAAGGUCCAGGCAGAGAUUGACAGAGUGAUUGGACAGAGCCGUCAGGCCACGAUGGCUGACAGACCCAGCUUGCCCUACACUGAUGCUGUUAUACAUGAGAUCCAGAGAAUGGGAAACCUUGUUCCCCUGAAUGGACCAAGAGUUGCUGCCAAAGACACAACACUGGGCGGUUAUUUCAUACCAAAGGGUACGACUAUAUUGCCCGUGCUGACCUCUGUGCUGUUUGACAAGAAUGAAUGGGAAACUCCAGACACCUUCAAUCCUGGACACUUCCUAGAUGCUGACGGGAAGUUUGUAAAGAGAGAAGCUCACAUGCCUUUCUCUGCAGGGAAACGUGUGUGUCUUGGGGAAGGCCUGGCCAAGAUGGAACUCUUUCUGUUUCUGGUAGCUUUACUCCAGAGGUUCUCCUUCUCUGCUCCUGAUGGAGUAGAGCUGAGUGCAGAGGGAGUCACUGGAACGACACGAGUGCCACAUCCCUUCAAGGUUCAUGCUAAAGUUCGCUGUGAGGAGAAAAGCUCACACCGUCCUGUUGUUUGGCUCAACGCUUUAACCAUGUGGCUUCAAAAUCUUCUGUUGAGUAUCGACUUCACGGGGCUGCUCCUGUUUGUUUUUCUUUUUCUUCUGGUAGCAGAUUUCCUCAAACACAGGAAUCCACCAAAUUAUCCUCCAGGGCCACUGGGUCUGCCCAUUGUGGGGAGCUUCUUUAGUGUGGACAGUAAACAUCCACACAUUUAUUUCAAUAAGCUCACCGAUGUUUAUGGGAAUGUGUUCAGUGUCCGCCUCGGCAGGGACAAGAUGGUGUUUUUGACCGGGUACAAGAUGGUCAAAGAAGCCCUUGUGACGCAAGCUGAGAACUUUGUGGAUCGACCAUUCAGUCCAAUGGCUGACAGGUUUUACUCAGGCACAGGUGGUCUAUUUAUGAGUAAUGGUGAACAAUGGAAGAAACAGCGACGUUUCGCCUUGUCUACCUUACGCACAUUUGGCCUGGGCAAAAGUGUCAUGGAACAGAGUAUCUGUGAGGAGACCCGAUACCUGCUGGAGGUGAUAGAAAAGGAGAAAGGUGGACCUUUCAGCACAGCAGUCCUCUUCAACAACGCUGUGUCUAACAUCAUUUGUCAGAUGGUGAUGUCGAAACGCUUUGACUACAGCAAUCACAACUUCCAGACUAUGCUGAAGUAUUUGUCUGAGGUUCUGAUGCUGGAGGGCUCUGUGUGGGCUUUGCUGUAUGAGUCGUUCCCUGGCGUGAUGAAGCACUUGCCAGGUCCUCACAACAAACUCUUCUCCAACUUUAACAUCCUUAAAGACUUCAUCAGUGAGGAGGUCCAGAGGCACAAGAAGGACCUGGACCACAAUAAUCCUCGGGACUACAUGGAUGCUUUCCUCAUCGAAAUAGAGAAUCACAACAAGUCUGACCUGGGCUUCAAUGAGACCAAUCUGACCUUGUGCUCUCUGGAUUUGUUCCUGGCUGGAACAGAAACAACCUCCACCACUUUGCAGUGGGCUUUGGUUUACCUCAUCAACCACCCUGAUGUCCAGGAGAAGGCCCAGGCAGAGAUUGACAGAGUGAUUGGACAGACCCGUCAGCCCAGUAUGGCUGACAGACCCAGCUUGCCCUACACUGAUGCUGUUAUCCAUGAGAUCCAGAGGAUGGGAAACAUUGUUCCUCAGAAUGCGCUCAGAAUGGCUGCCAAGGACACAACACUGGGCGGUUACUUCAUACCAAAGGGUACAUCCAUAAUGCCCAUGCUGACCUCUGUGCUGUUUGACAAGAAUGAAUGGGAAACUCCAGACGCCUUCAAUCCUGGACACUUCCUCGAUGCUGAGGGAAAGUUUGUGAGGAAAGAAGCUCACCUUCCUUUCUCUACAGGGAAACGUGUGUGUCUUGGAGAAGGCCUGGCCAAGAUGGAGCUCUUCCUAUUUUUGGUAGCUUUACUCCAGAGGUUCUCCUUCUCUGCUCCUGAUGGAGUAGAGCUGAAUGCAGAGGGAGUCACUGGAGCGACACGAGUGCCACAUCCCUUCAAGGUUCAUGCUAAAGUUCGUUGAGUUUGGCAUAUUACCAAACUGUAUGUCAAUUCUUUGUAAUAAAGUUGUUUUGUAAAACCA